AUGUUGGCCAAGACAGCUAGCUUGCUAGUAGCGGCAAGUGUUGUUGCUAUCCCUUCCCUGGCAACAACGACCCCUACUAUUCAGACUAUUUCGAAAGAUGUGGUCAUUGUUGGUGGUGGUGCUGCUGGUGCCUAUGCCGCUGUCCGGGUCCGUGAGGAUUACGGGAAGAGCAUUGCGUUGAUUGAGAGAGAGUCACAUUUGGGUGGCGCCGUUGAUACCUGGACUGACCCAAAGACCGGGGUACCCUACGAGUUGGGUGUUGAGGCUUUCCUGGAUUACGGCAAUGCUACAAAGUUUUUUUCGCGGUUUAAUGUAUCUGUGCAUGUGUCCGAACAGGAAUCAGUAAACACCCAGUAUGCGGACUUCAGCACAGGUCAUUGGGUGAACUACACAGUGCCCACAGCGGCCGAACGACUUGCUGCAUUUCAAAAGUAUGCAAAACUUGCCGAGCAAUACGAGGACAUGAUGUUGCCCGGGCUAUGGGACUUCCCUACUGCUGACAAAAUACCCGAAGAUCUGCUUCUCAACUUUGGCGAUUUUGCGAGGAAAUACGGCAUCGAAGCUGCAGUUCCUACAAUCUGGGAUGUAGCGGCUGUAGGCUUAGGAAAUCUGGAGACUCAGCCAACCUUCUACGUUAUGCAGUCAUUUCCAGCGCCUCUGGCGCGAGUUUACACUGGCAAGGGCCGGACUCUCUACGUGGCGUCCCACAGGAACCAGGACAUAUACGACAGAGUGUCGGACCUGCUAGGGGAUGAUGUCUUCUAUUCAAACGUUGUUGUCCGUGCAUUGAGAACAUCCAAUGGCGUAAGCGUUAUUGCCAAAGGCACGGACGGACGUCAAACGGAGAUUCACGCAAAGAGAUUGCUCAUCGCUAUCCCACCGACUGUAUCUAACCUCGCGCCAUUCAACCUCGACAAAAAGGAACUCAAUAUCUUAUCCAAGACGACAUACACCCGUGCUUACGCUGGUGGGGUCGUUUCUUCGAACCUGCCGUCGAACACUACCAUCAUUAACUCCGCCCUUUCUGGAAACUGGCUCAACUUUCCGGACCUGUCGUUCCUACAAUGGUACAAAGCCCUAAAUUCGCCUGCGCAUUAUCAUAAGGUCAUGAUGUUUGGAAAUGAGACUGUGGAUAGCGACGGGUCAAGGGGGCUGGUUGAACAGUCUUACCAGCAGCUUGUCAACGCAGGCACUCUGUUAAAAGAAGGUGGCGAGGGACUUGAAUGGCUCCACUUUGCAGAUCAUGGAGCUGUCAACGUUCGGGCCUGCCUCAAGGACUUGAAAGCUGGGUUCAUUCAGGAACUCUAUUCUCUCCAAGGGCAUCUGUCCACUUGGUACACGGGUGCAGCUUGGUCCGCGCAGUUACAUACUCCCACAUGGGCUUUCUCGGACUCUGUCAUCCCAAGGCUGGUAGAGGGCCUGUGA